CAUGGUGCAGGGUGAAGAGCACAGAUAAAGACCCUCCCAGCACUCACUGCAGAGCCCGUCCCGCCGUCCCGAGGGCUCCAUGCGGCAGGACCCGGGCUGAUGCCCUCAGCUCACCCCGCCAUGGAGGGGGGGAACAGCUUCCCGCAGCACCAGCAGCCGGGCGAUGCCCUGUGCGGCAUCCCCGGCCUCCGCUCCCAGCUCGCCCUGCCGGACAUGGAGAAUUCCAUGCUGGCUGCCAACUCAUGGAGUAGCUGCUACUCUGCCUCUUUCCCAACCUCGUCCUUCCCAAGUGAAAACCAGCAAUAUUUUAACCUCCCUCAGGAUUUUUAUACGGAUUCCAUCAGCAGACCACAUUUCUUGGAUACAAACUAUGCAACUGUGGACCCCGCUGACUUCUUACCAAAAAAUGGGGAUUUUCCUCAGGAUUCUUCAUACCUCGAUGAGCUCUCCAACAACUCCCUCUUCUCGUCCCCCGCCGAUUCCCUCUCGGACAUCGCGGAUCCCAAGGACUUCCUGUCCGCCGACAGCCUGAACCACGUGCCAACACUAUGGGAUGUGAACACGCCACAGAACCCCAUCGAGCUGUUCUCAUCCAGCACAGCAUUCCCUGGCCUGAAUAGCUCCCAUGACCACGUUCCUGCUGUCCCCAACACCCCGCUCCUCAUCAGCUACCAGUCUCAGGCUCCUGCAGAGGAGGAGGAUGAGGGUGAGGAGGAAGAAACGGAAGAGUUGGGGCAAACGGAGACCUAUGCAGAAUACGUCCCUUCAAAGUCCAAGAUUGGGAAGCACCACCCUGACCUGGUGGUUGAGACGAGUACCCUGUCCAGCGUUCCCCCCCCUGACAUCACCUACAGCCUGUCCCUGCCGUGCUCCGUGGCUGACAAGGGCUCCCUGUCUGCACUACAGCUGGAAGCAAUCAUCUAUGCCUGCCAGCAACAUGAAGUUUUAUUGCCCAAUGGGCAGCGAGCUGGGUUCCUCAUUGGGGACGGUGCCGGAGUGGGAAAGGGCAGGACCGUUGCGGGCAUCAUCUUUGAAAAUUAUCUUAAAGGGAGGAAAAAAGCUCUGUGGUUCAGCGUCUCCAAUGAUCUCAAGUACGAUGCUGAGAGAGACCUGAAGGACAUUGAGGCCUCCCACAUUCCUGUGCAUGCUCUGAACAAGAUUAAAUACGGUGACACAGCUACCUCAGAAGGAGUCCUCUUUGCCACCUACUCGGCGCUGAUCGGCGAAAGCCAGGCCGGGGGACAGCACAGGACGCGCUUAAAGCAGAUUUUGGACUGGUGCAGGGAAAACUUUGAUGGAGUUAUUGUGUUUGAUGAGUGCCACAAAGCCAAAAACGCCAGCUCCACCAAAAUGGGCAAAGCAGUGCUGGACCUGCAGAACAAGCUGCCUCAAGCAAGGGUGGUCUAUGCCAGUGCCACAGGUGCCUCAGAGCCAAAAAACAUGAUUUACAUGAGCCGCCUGGGGAUCUGGGGGGAGGGGACCCCGUUCCGAGCCUUCGACGAGUUCCUGCAUGCGAUUGAGAAGAGGGGGGUCGGAGCGAUGGAGAUCGUGGCGAUGGACAUGAAGGUCAGUGGGAUGUACAUUGCCAGGCAGCUCAGCUUCACUGGAGUGACCUUCAGGAUCGAGGAGAUCCCGCUGGACGAGCAGUACAAGGCUGUCUAUGACAAGGCAGCCAAGCUGUGGGCAGAGGCCUUGAUGGUGUUCCAGCAGGCAGCCGACUGCAUCGGGCUGGAGUCUCGCAAGUCGCUGUGGGGUCAGUUCUGGUCGGCUCACCAGCGCUUCUUCAAGUACCUGUGCAUCGCUGCCAAGGUGCGGCGGCUCGUGGAGCUGGCCCGGGAGGAGCUGGCCAGGGACAAGUGCAUCGUCAUCGGCCUGCAGUCCACGGGGGAGGCUCGCACCAGGGAGGUCCUGGACGAGAACGAUGGGCACCUCAACCGCUUUGUCUCUGCUGCAGAAGGCGUCUUUCUAUCACUAAUUCAGAAGCACUUUCCUUCAACCAAAAGAAAGAGAGAAAAAGGAACUGGCAUUAAAAGAAAACGGCGGCCGAGGGGCCGGUGGCCCAAGGCUCUGCGGGGCCUGUGUGACCCAGGGGUCAUCAAGAUCAGCGACGACAGCAGCACCGAGUCCGACGACUCGCCCAGCGACAUCAACUCCUCCCCAGAGUCCCUGGUCGAGACUGACGAUGUCAUCUUCGUGGAGCAAACCUACAGCGGCUGCGCUGCCGAGGGUGGUUUUCACAUGCUGCCUUCCCAUAAAGAGCUGCAUGGCCUGAGAGAGCUGGAGAUCGUGGAAAAGAUGAAGCAGGACCUCCUGGCAAAAGUGCAAGCACUGGGCAAAGAGCUACCUCUCAACACCUUGGAUGAACUGAUUGAUUACUUUGGGGGCCCGGAGAACGUGGCUGAGAUGACGGGCAGGAAGGGCCGCGUCGUCCGCAGGCCCGACGGCUCCGUGGUGUUCGAGUCCCGCGCGGAGCAGGGGCUGUCCAUAGACCACGUCAACCUGAAGGAGAAGGAGCGCUUCAUGAGCGGGGAGAAGCUCGUAGCCAUAAUCUCAGAGGCCUCCAGCUCAGGGAUCUCCCUCCAAGCAGACAGACGGGUGAAGAACCAGAAGCGCCGGGUGCACAUGACCCUGGAGCUGCCCUGGAGCGCGGACCGGGCCAUCCAGCAGUUCGGCCGAACGCACCGAUCGAACCAGGUCUCCGCUCCAGAGUACGUGUUCCUGAUCUCAGAGCUGGCAGGGGAGAGGAGGUUUGCAUCCAUCGUGGCCAAACGCCUGGAGAGCCUGGGUGCCUUAACUCACGGGGACCGACGGGCCACCGAGUCCAGGGACCUCAGCAAGUACAACUUCGAGAACAAGUAUGGGGCCAAAGCCCUGGACAGGGUCCUGUCCACGAUCCUCAGCCACAUGGAGAACAGAGUUCCUGUGCCCAAGGGCUACGAGAGACGGGAGGCCGACUUCUUCCGUGAAAUGAAGCAAGGGCUCAUCUCCGUGGGUGUCUUCUGCAGUCAGAUGAAGUACGGCACUGUCUCGGUGGAGAAGGACUGCUCCAUCACCAAAUUCCUGAACCGCAUCCUGGGCCUGGAGGUGGACAAGCAGAACAUGCUCUUCCAGUAUUUUUCUGACACCUUUGACUAUCUGAUUGAGAAGGACAAGAAGGAGGGCAAAUACGACAUGGGCAUCCUCGAUUUAGCGCCAGGAGUGGAUGAGAUCUAUGAGGAGAGCAAGGAGGUUUUCCUGACCCCGGGGCACCCGCAGGACGGGCAGGUCGUGUUCUACAAGAUCAGCGUCGACAGAGGCUUAAAGUGGGAAGAAGCUUAUGAGAAGUCGCUCAAACUGACAGGAGCCAAUGAAGGGUUCUACCUCUCCUACAAGAUGCGAGGCAGCAAAUACACCUGUCUGCUGGCAGAGCAGAGCCGUGGGAAGAACUUCAUCCUCUACAAGCCAAAUAUUGGGAAGCAAAGCCAGCCCGAGAGCCUGGACAGUCUGCAGAAGAAGUACCGGCGGGUGGUGCCCGAGGAAGCCAAGGAGCACUGGGAGAGCAGCUACCACUUUUCCUUGAAGAACUGUAACCACGCCGUGUGGAACAAGAGCUGCAAGCUGAUCCAGGAGGGGAAGGAGUGCUUCCAGGGCAUGCGCCUGCGGCACUACUACAUGUUGUGCGGGGCCCUGCUGCGGGUGUGGAGCAGGAUCGCCGGCAUCAUGGCCGACAUCACUGCCAGCAGCUACCUGCAGAUCGUCCGCCUCAAGACCAAGGAGAAGAAGAAGCAAGUCGGGAUAAAGAUCCCCGAGAGCUGCGUGCACAGGGUGCGGGAGGAGCUGAAGCAGAUGGACGAGGACGUGAAGCGGAAGCACAGCCGGCUGCUCCAGGCCCAGGAGCAGGGCCCACCCUUCUCCCUGCCCCUGCACCUCCUGCCAGGGCCCAGGCUACCCCUGUCCUUGCCCUCCCUGUGCCAGGACGAGAUCCUGGACUUGACCUGCAGCCCUCCCAGCAACAGCAUUUCCGACGUGGUGAUGAACCCAGAGCCUGGAGCACUCUGCUUCCCCUCGGAUCCCUCCCUGCAGCCCCACCAGCAGCACCAGCUGCCCUUUUGCUUUGGCCUGGAGGGCAGGGUGGCCCCCGGCCCCUCACGGCACGAGCCCCCAGCCCGCCCCCCGCCGCCUCUGCAGCAGCCACAGGAGGAUUUUCUGCAGCAAGAUGGGAGUAUCAAUUUUAGAGAGAUCCUGGAGGACAUGCUGAGGACGUUCCCCCAGGAGAACCUGCUCCCCCAGGAGCGCCAGAGCGUGAUCCAGUUCAGCGGGCCACACCUGGAGUUCUGAGUGCCAGCCGGGAAUGCCCGCGGGGCUCGGCCGCUGUGGAUCUGCGUCCUCUGCUGCAGAGGUGAGAGCUGAGGAACCCUGAAUUUCCUACUGGUUUGGACUGACCGUUUUGUGGUUCUGAGGGAGGAAACAGGUUUGGGUGGAAAGUGCCUGGGGGAGCCGAGCGGGUCCCGCUGGACCGAGGGGCUCUGCUGUGUCAAGCCCUGCUCACAGGUCAGUGCCUGUGUGGGACUGAGGGGAGACCCCCCUCCUGUGCCCACCCCCACAGACUACUGAGUGUCCCAGCCAGGCCAGGCCUUGCCCAGCCCUCCAGCCCAGUGCUCUGUGGGGCCACAGCCGGGCUCCAGAACCGCCCGGUCACUGGCGCUGGUCCGUUAGGGAAGGGUGGGAGCUCAGGCCCCCAGUUUGGCCUGCCCCAGCCUGUGCUGGAGGGCUGGGAUGAAGGGCAAGGGAAUGCCGUCCCAGUGGAGUUGGGAGCUGCUGAGCUCAGCUGUCCUCGGGUAGGGCUGAGCUGGUGUAUUGAGACCCAAAACUGCCUGCACUGCCCUUCCCUUCCCGGGAAGGAACCUUGGGCUGCUGAGCUCUGUGGGAGAGGCUGGAGCUGGAUGCACCCCCAUGGUGCCAGUCUGUCAGAAUCUGGCUCAUGGUGCCAGGCCAGGACCAGCGGGAUUCCCCAGAGCAGAAGGGCCACGUGUCCCCUGUCCUGCACUUUAACCUCGCCGGGUCGCUGUGACCAGCCCUGCUUUGGCCAGUUUCCUGCUGUCACAUGUUGCCCCUUCACCUGGCUGUCCUGCUGGUCCUGCACUGCCCUUGGCUGGGCCAGGGACCCCAGUCCAAGAGUCUGGUACUGGGCAGCUCAGCCCUGGCCACUGCUGACCUUGGGAACAGCCACUCCCAGGCCCUGAAAGGGAAGAGCUCCCUGGUGAGAGCUGAGCGUGCAGUCUGGGAGUCACUGCUCAGGGAGUGCAGUGUCAGGGUCACUGCUCAGGGAGUGCACUGUGAGAGUCACUGCUCGAGGUGUGCAGUGUCUGUGUCACUGCCUGGGAUGCUCAGUUUGGCUGCUCCUGCUGCAACCUCGCCCUCGGAUACCAAAGAGCAAGGUCUGUUUUGCAAGCACUGCCCCACCCCCCCAUCCCACGGCCAGACCAGCUGCCUCCUCCCUGGACAGAGUUGGCCCUUGGCCACCUCCUGCACCUCUCCAGCAGCACCUCCCCUGAGCUGCUCCUCUGCCAACCUCCAGCCUCCCCUUUGCUGGGUCCUUUCUCUGCUGCCACUCAUCGAGGGGUUUCCUAAGAGUGCCAGUGGGAUGUUUCCAGGGGAAGGACCUGGGACCUUCCCCUGAGCACCCCCCGGGCUGGAGUCAGUCCCUGCUGUCAGGGGCACAUCUCACUGCACCCAAGGAAACCUCCUUUACCUCAAAGCAAUCACCAAAGAUGGGGAGAGCCCCCCAUGCCCCUCCUGCUGCCCCGGGGGGCUCCUGCUCUCCCCCAGCUCUGCUCCUGCUGCCCUCAGCAGUGUCCCCUGGCAGAGCCAGCUGCCCCUCCCCACACCCUCCCCUAUUUAAAGCACGUCCCAGCCCUCGCCAUGGCAGAGAGGCCCCGGCUGCACCUCCUGGAUCUCAUUGGGGCUGAAUUCUCGGCAAGGAGGGAAAAGGACGCCAGGAAAACGCAGCUCAGAGAGGCUGAAACUCAGGAAUAACGAGGGGGAACUCCCCACUGGGCACCCUCCAGCGGAGCCUUACCUGGUGGCUUUGACCUUAACUUUAAAAUAUAUGCAAUCCUCCCUCCCUGGUCUCUGGGAAGACACAGAGCACCUUCAACGAAUCCCUUCCCUGCCCCAAUCCUGUGUUUUGUCAGGGUUAAUAAUAUGUAACGUUAUCUUUUAACUAAAUUAUUCUGCCGUUGUCCUACUGAUUGUAUUUUUAAUGAGUCCCUGUUUUCUUCCCUGAUACCUUUUUGUUGGCACUUUUUAAUCUGCUUGUUGUUUGCCUUUGGUUUCUAUGUGUAUUUAUAAUUGAUGGAGUUGUACAUAUGUAAAGAGAUUUUUUUAGAAUAUGUGCCUUGGACUAAUAAUUCCUGAAUUUUCUACUUGCCUCAGAAGGAUAAUUUUUCAUUCUGCUCAGUAAAAAUGGAACAGAAGCCACA